AUGGGUGUGAUAACUUUAAACGUAGUUUGGUCACGACAAGGAGACGAACAAUCCCAACUAAAGAAGGCAAUGCAAUUCGAAUCGACUACUCUCGUUUUCGAUGCGUGUAAAAUUAUCCGAGAAAAAGUGUCCGGAAAUAACAUUAACCCUAAGGAAUAUGGUCUGUUUCGGCUCGAGGAAGACCCAACGAAAUGUGUUUGGAUGGAGAAUGGUCGAACUUUAGAAUAUUAUUUAGUUCGCAGCGGAGACACAGUUGAAUACAAAAAGAAAAUUCGGCCGCUAAAAGUAAGAAUGUUGGAUGGUGCUGUGAAAACAGUAAUGGUAGAUGAAAGUCAGCCAAUGGGUGAAAUCAUGGUCGUUGUAUGUUCCAAAAUCGGUAUCAGCAAUCAUGAAGAAUAUUCCAUGGUGCGGCAGUCUUUGGAUCAAGACUGGCGUUCAACAGUUAUGCUAAAGGAAGAAAGGAGAGGGAAAAGCGAAGAACGUGGUCUCGGUUUCGGCACACUUGGACGAAAUAAGGAAAAAAAAAUGGAGCAACUGCGAGCUAAAUUGCAUACUGAUGAAGAGUUGCUAUGGCUUGAUCAUGGUAAAACUCUGCGUGAACAAUCGCUGAACUUGCUAUAUGAGCAAUGCAAAAUGGGAGUCUUACAAGGAAAUCACCCAGUCACACGCGAUAUGGCUUGCAACCUGGCCGCUUUGCAAUGUCAAAUACAGUACGGUGAUCUUCAGGAACAUCGGCAGAGGGCUAACUUUUUAGAUUUCCGCGAAAUCUUACCAAAGGAAUAUGUAAAGUCGAAGGAUAACGAAAAGCGCGUAAUGGAUGCUUAUCGUGAAUUAGCUGGAAAAAAUGAACUGGAUGCGAAGAGCAAAUAUGUCCACUUGUGCCGUUCUUUGCUUACUUAUGGCGUGACAUUUUUUGUGGUGAAGGAGAAAAUGAAGGGUAAGAACAAGUUGGUACCACGAUUAUUGGGUGUAAAUAAAGAAUGUGUGAUGAGGAUGGAUGAGAAAACCAAAGAAGUGCUCCAAGAAUGGCCACUGGAACAAGUAAGACGAUGGGCUGCUUCACCUAAAACAUUUACAUUGGAUUUCGGUGACUAUCAAGAUGGUUACUAUUCCGUACAAACGGCGGAUGGUGAAAAAAUUGCGCAGCUGAUUGCUGGUUACAUUGACAUCAUUUUGAGAAAGAAGCGAACUUGUGAUCACGUUGGCAUAGAGGGUGAUGAAGGUUCAACAAUGUUGGAAGAUGUCGUGGCGCCGGCUCGUGCUACACUGGUCGCACAUGGGCAGAUUGGCGAAGGAUUUGCACACGAAGGCAAUGUUGCUAUUCCAGGUGUUUUACGAACUCCCGGUGGUUUAGUUCCUGGGCAGAGGGGAAUUCUGAAUGGCGCACAGUAUGGUGCCGUAAGCGGACAGAUCCUUCAGCAACAACUUACAAAAGGUCAGCGCCCACGUAUAGUCGAUUCACAGGAACGCUCUCAGCGAGCUCUAAUUGGUACAAUUGAAGCAUCAAUACGUGCUGUUGAAGCUGCGGAAGAAGAAAUGAAGAAGCCUGUAGAGAUCCAGAUACCACGAUUCAGCGAUGAUCCCACUUCACGGCGUUGGAUUGAAACUAAAGUAGAGGUCGAAAAACAAAAGGUGGGCGACCAAUUGGCGCAGAUGGGCGCUGCUACGGCUCAAGUUGUACAGCUGACAGCAGUUACAGACGAAGUGGAUUCGAAAGUUGGUACAGCGAUAGCUACCAUUGGAUCGAAUAUGCCCGAAAUGGGUCGCGGAGUACGUGAAUUAGCUGCCUUGAUGCCUGACGAACAACGGCGUGGUGAUUUGGUAGAUGCUGCUCGAAAGUUGUGUGGUGCUUUUUCUGAUUUCUUAAAUACAGUCAAUCCGGAGCAUGAAGAGAAACGAACAACUGUACUUGCUGCUGCUGGACGUGUUGGCGAUUUCUCACAAGCUGUUAUAAACACCUUAGAUGAACCAACUAGUGAAGUGAGAACAUUCCACGAUCGUUUGGUGCAGCGUGCAAAAAAUGUGGCCACUUCCACGGCGCAACUCGUACUUCGGGCUAAAACUAUAUCUGCUGAAUGCGAAGAACCAGCACUGCAAGACAAAGUGAUUCAUUCUGCUACUCAGUGCGCUUAUGCUACUUCUCAAUUGGUAGCUUGUGCUCGAGUCGUCGCGCCAACUAUCGAUUCUCCUGCGUGUCAGGAACAAUUAACAUCUGCUGCGAAACAGGUGGCUCAUGCAGUGGAGGACCUAUUAGUAAAUGCACAUGAUGCAUGCUCGCGAACCACUGGUGAUGGAAAGAAAUCCUUUACUGAUAUUCAUGAAGCUUCUCGACAGGUGACAGCAGCAUUGGAUGAUUUACUUUUGCAUGUGAAAACUUCACCGAAGUUAAUUCGUACAACGCAAGAAAAUUAUGAAUACGAACAAAUUUUAAAUCAAUCCAGAAAGAUUAUUACAUAUCAGGGGCCAACGGAAGAUAUGGUGCGGCAAGGUGAGAGUGCAAUACGCCAUAGUCGCUUAUUAGUUGAGCAGAUGGAAGCAGAAGCGGAUCGCGCACCGGAGCGUCGUGAUCGCUUACUCGAUGCAGCUCGUUCAGUAGCACAGGCUACCAGCCGAAUGAUCGAUGCUACGAAAGAAUGUCAAGUGCAUCCACAGGCAGCUGAGUCGCAAGUAGCGUUACGCGAUGCUGCUGAAAAGCUGGUAACGGUCACCAGCGAAGCAACCAGUGAGGAACAGUCUAAGAGAAUCAUGGGACAUCUCGAACAGGCUGCAAAACAAGCGGCAGCCGCGGCGACGCAAACUAUAGCAGCAGCGAAUGCUUGUCAGCCAUAUAUUCAAUCGAAAACAGUAACGGAGACAUUAAUCAUCGAAUGUACAGAAACAGCAGAACGAGUACCACCCCUCAUUGCAUCCAUCCGCGAAAGUCAGGCUGCUAGAUCUCCUAAUGGAAAAUUUCGUGCUCAAAGCAGUUUGAUUCGUGAUACGACACAGGUAUUGCGCCCGGCCACUCGACUAGUUGAAGUUGCACGUCAGACAGUGCCUUCAGUUCCGGAACAACAUGUGGCUGUUCAUCUGCAAUCUGCUAGUCAACAACUCUCUACCCAAUUGGCAGAAUUGCGAGUUGCUCUGAAUAAUGCCAAGCAGCUGAAUUUUGAAAUGCAAUUGGCUCAUUCCGAAGAUCUGAUUCGGGAACUAGAUAAUGAGCUUAUUGAAAUUGGUCGUGCCGCUCAAAACAGACAGCUUAUCGCGGUGCCUGGAGAGUCAGCCGAAACCGCGAGUUCUAAGCUAGCUAGUGCUGCUAGACAGAUUGGUUCGACAUUAACUCAAAUGGUAAGUGCAGCAGCAAGCGGUGAUCGUCAACAUGUUGGUGCAAGUGCGGUCGAAGCAGCACAGUCGUUGCGAAAAUUCGCAUCUGCUGUUCAUGGCGUUUGUUCGACAAGGAAAGAUACACCUGUUGAUAGGUUCAUUGUCUCAGCACGCUCAGUAGUUCACGAUUCAGGACGUGUGUUUGAUAAGGUACGUGAACAAGCAGCAUCUCAGCAACUUAAUGAUGCUACAAAACAAGUUGCAAUUUCGCUGCGACAGUGUUUGUCAUGUUUGCCGGAUACGCAGCAUGUUGAAAGAGCUGUUAGCCAAAUCAAAUCUUUCAAAGCACCAGAAGUAGCAUCUGUCUUGGAUCUCCGUGGUUCAGCUUCACGACUUAUCGAAGCUUGUUCACAGCUAGCAGUAAGCUUGCAAGCACCACAGGAAACAGCAGCUGUCGAUGUAUUCGUUCGAUCUUAUACUGAUUUCCACACUGCUGUUACGCAAGCCAUCAAACAACAGCAGGAUGGGGUGCAACGACAACAGUGUGUAUCUUACCUAGAAACAGUCCGAAAAGAAGCAGUGAAUGUAGUGUGGCGCACCCAUACUGCUUCAAUGGAUGCCGCCAAUGCAUCAGCUCUACAACUACUCUCUCAGUCCACCCGAUCACUUACUGAAUCCGUAAAUGCUAUCGUUGAAAAUGUAAGUCGCGAGACUCCUUGGCAGCGUGAGUGUGACGCAGCAUUACGACAGAUAAAGUCCAUACGACAUAUACUGGACCGGGCCAACUUGCCGGUCAAUAGUGAAGGUUAUUACGAAAGUUUGGAUUCUGUGACUGAGCAAGCGAAGCGAUUGGGUGAGGGUAUGACUGGAAUAGCACGACAUGCAAGAAAUCAGGAUACUUAUUCACUUUGCGAAAGUGUUCACAUUGCUGCUGGUGCAAUCUGUGGUCUUGCUGAGGGAGCUACUCAGAGUGCCUAUUUGAUUGGUGUUGCUGAUGCAAAGAGUCAACCUGGACAUCCGGCUAUCAUCGAUACAUCAAAAUGUCAUCGUUCAAUUGAAAUUGUCAAACAAAUCUGUGAACGUAUUGAACACAUGGAAUAUACCCAGCAGCAAAUUCUUGAUGAUGCUACGGUUAUUGCCAAACAUACUUCAACACUGGCUAAUUUAUGCCGUGAAGCAUCAGAACGGGCAUCAAAUGUAAACUUGAAGAAGCAGUUUAUCAAUUGUGCUCGAGAAGUUGCAUCAUCUACAGCCUCUUUGAUAACUGCUGUGAAACAAUUAGAUAGCUCAUUCACAGAGAAGAACCAGCGAGAAUGUACGGAGGCAGCACGAUCUUUGUAUACAGCAGCUCAACAACUAGAAAUAUUCGUAGAUAAUCCGGAUUUCGCAGCAGUGCCUGCCAAGAUAUCUACAGCGGGUGAAACUGCCCAGAAGACCAUUCUGUUGUCUGGCAAAGAAAUGUUAGAUGCCAGCUACGAAAUGAUCAUAACUGCUAAGCAGCUUGCUGUGUCGCCAGCGGAUGCGUCAACUUGGCAGUGCCUUGCUGAUCAUUCAAAAGUAGUUAGUGAGAGUAUCAAACGUUUGGUGACUUCUAUCCGGGAACAGGCACCUGGUCAGGUGGAUUUAGAUGCUGCAAUAGUCCAACUUCAACAGAUGAUUCAGCAGAUCGAUCGAGCGUCAAUGGAUGCUCUUCAAGACCAACUACCGCGCGGUGUAAUCACUGAACAACGAGUUCAUCAGCAAAUUUUGCAUGCUUGCCAGUCUCUUUAUGACAGAAUUGAACCAUUACGUGAAGCAACAACUGGACACAGUGAAGAACUUGGACAUCGUGUACAUGAACAUAUGGAAGCAAUAGAGCCAUUAGUACAAUCUUCUAUUCAAGCGGCUUCGGUAACUUAUGACACAAAAUCACUAACAGCCAUAUUUGAACAAUGCAAAACUGUUGUUGAGGCAGAGCUACAGAUGCUUUAUGCGUGUAGAAAUGUCAGUGGAAAUCCAAAGGCUAGUAACUUGCAUGUAAUACUAAACGAUAGCGCUAGUCAACUGCGUGAUGCACUUACUGAAAUGCAACGCAAUAUAAAUCGUAUGGCAUCUGAAGCUGGUGUUAUUCUUGGCGUUGUAGAGAAUAUAUCUAGGUCGAUAGCUCUCACUGAUGAGGCCACUUCACAAACAAUCACUGGAACAUUCACAGAUGCACAAACGCGUAUGAUAAAUACGUUGGAGGAAAUAUCACGCCUAGCUACUGAUAUGCCUCUUAAGCCUCCAGAAUCGUUGGGAUCGUUGGCGUUGCGGUUCUCUGAACGCUAUUCGGAUCUGGCCAUCGAUUCACGCCUUGCAAUUGGAACAUUAUCUUCUCCAAAUCUAGCGCAGAAAUUGCGAGUAGCGGUGCAGAAAUUGGGUACUGCAUGCAUCGAAGAGGUUAAAAUAGCUGGACAGCGCCGCACUCACCCAGCUGAUCAGCGUGUACUAGAUGAUUUGUCUCGUGGAUCACAAACGGUGGUAGAAAGAGUACAGGAAGUCCUUGCAGCGCUACAUGAGGGCUCACGUGGCACGCAAGCAUGCAUUAAUGCUGCCAAUACUGUAUCUGGUAUCAUUGGAGAUCUUGAUACAACGAUUAUGUUCGCCACUGCUGGAUCGUUGAAUCCACAAAGAGAUUCUGAAAAAUUUGGAGACCAUAGGGAAGCAAUCCUAAAAACUGCGAAAGCGUUAGUAGAGGAUACGAAGGCGCUUGUGGCAGGUGCAGCAUCAAAUCAGGAGCAACUAGCAGUUGCAGCACAGAAUGCUGUGCGUACUAUUGUCAAUUUGUCGGAUGCGGUUAAAAAUGGUGCUGUUUCAUUGUCCUCCGAUAAUGCUGAAGCUCAGGUUAUGGUCAUCCAUGCAGUUCGUGAUGUCGCAGCUGCCCUUUCGAAUUUAAUUCAAGCUACAAAAAAUGCUUCGGGCCGAUCGUUGCAUGAUCCUGCUAUGGGAUAUCUCAAAGAAGCGGCCAAAAUUAUGGUAACAAACGUAACAUCGCUGCUUAAAACUGUGAAAACAAUCGAAGAUGAGCAUCAGCGUGGUACAAGAGCACUAGAAGCAGCUACUGAAGCUAUUGGUCAGGAAAUUAGUCUUUAUGAUAGUGGUGAAGCACCUUCAAGAGGAGGAGCCACAGCAGAAGAUCUUAUUCGAUCAACAAAACAGCUGACUGCAGCAACAGCUCGUGCAGCAGCAGCAGCACAAACACUACAACAGAGUGAUAUUAUUGCAGCAGCUAAUAUUGCCCGGCAAUCUGUAUGUGAUUUGUUAGCUACCACCCGUGCCGCUGCUCUGUCUGCUGAUUCCGCCGAUGCUAGAUACCGUACAUUAGACUGUGGACGUGAAGUGGCUGUUCAGGUACGCUCACUCUUGAUAACUCUUCAAGCGCUGAUUAUACGACGAGAUGAUCCCCACGCUCGGGAUGCUUUGCUGGAAGCAUCUAGACGAAUUGCGAAAGUGGUUGGUGAACUUGUGAGUUGUGGUGAAUUACUGAAGGGUAAUUCUUGGACUGACCCAUCGGAUCCAACAGCAGUUGCAGAAAAUGAGCUCAUCGGCGCGGCAAACUCUAUCGAAGCAGCAGCUGUGAAACUCUCCCAGCUUAGACCACGUCAGACUCAGAAAGUAGACGACUCACUAACAUUCGAUGAGCAAAUUCUGGCUGCAGCGAAAUCAAUUGCAACUGCCGUACAGACCCUUGUGAAAGCAGCAUCUGCAGCACAGCGUGAGUUGGUCGCUCAAGGAAGACUGGAAGCUCACCCAGCAUUUGCAACAGACGAUUACCAGUGGUCGGAAGGACUGAUCUCAGCAUCUCGACUUGUUGCAGCAGCCGUUCAUCAGCUUUGCGAAGCAGCUAAUGCACUUGUACAAGGGCAUUCUUCUGAAGAGAAACUUAUUUCGGCUGCAAAACAGGUAGCCUCUUCAACUGCUCAUCUUUUGGUGGCGUGUAAGGUAAAGUCAGACUUAGAUAGUCGUGCGAUGCAGAGGUUGCAAAGUGCGGGACAUGCUGUAAAGACAGCUACGGAACAUUUGGUAAUGGCGGCUCGUUCAGCGAUACAUGAGGAUGAGCGUACUUUAAUCAUUUCACAGCGCAUGGUUUCAGGUAUUGCGCAGGUGAUGGACGCCCAGGAACAAGUUCUUCGUAAAGAACGUGAACUGAUUGAAGCGCGGGGGAAAUUAGCAGCGUUGAAUAAGGCUCGAUAUGAACGUGGUAUGUCUCCCAACGCUGAUCGUUAA